UGGAGAUCGAAAUUAUCCAUGCGUCUUCAAAUUUUAUUCCUUGUGGCUGUGGUUAUCUUCAUGACAGGAAGCAAUGGAUUCCCCACGGGCGCAGCGACCAAUCAAGCCACGCUAUCAACGGUGACGGCGCAUGAUACACGCUCACUUAGCCAAAGUGACUCUACAAACAAACUUCGGGGUGCCGGUGACGCAGUGGAAAACGAGGAGAGAGGAAUCUUCACAACUGCGAAAUUCAUGCUCUGGCUGAAACGAGGAGUGGAUCCCGAAGAGGCCUACAAGAGGCUCCAUCUUCCCCGCACCUACGACUACGCGCCAGAUCAUAAGAAUUGGAAGAAAAUGCAGAAGUUCUACGAGAUGUGGCUCAACAAAAUGGCAGCCAAGAAGCCUCCCACCACCUAAGGUUUGGCUCUUACUACUAGUAGUAUAUAUCUUCGCAUGACAUGUUCACUC